UCUGGCCCCACGGCUCCGGCGACUCACCCUCUGUCCCCACUGCUCGGAAUCAGCAGAAAGGCAGCGGCACUCGCCGGCUCGUUUUGCCCCGAGGCAUUCGCUCAGAGCUGAGGGUAGUUUGAAUCAGAGAGCAUUGGACAGGAGGUGUGGGGAGGGGGGCGAAAUCACCGAGAAAAUAAGCCACGGCGGGAAGUAAGGGACACUCAGCACUCACCCAACUCUGGGUGGGAAGUUAACGCAAGAACUUCACUGGGAUCUAGCCCGGAAACGGAGUCUCAGGACUACAAACUCCAGCUCUAACAGAAGGAAGAAGUGUGCAGAACUAGAAGACCAUCAGUUACCGAAAGACUUUCAAACGUCUGAAGUGUUUUUUUCUGACCAACGCAUAGAGAGAGAGAAACGUUCUGAGAGAGAGAAAGAAACAAUAGUAGAGACUCUAACGGAUGUUUUCGGGGCUACAGGACAAGUGUAUUUAUUAUGUCAGUAACAGUCGAGUCCAAUAGGCGAGAUGAAGGAAAAGUCCAAAAAUGCCGCGAAGACAAGAAGAGAAAAGGAAAAUGGGGAAUUUUACGAACUGGCUAAGUUGCUGCCUCUACCAUCGGCCAUCACCUCCCAACUGGACAAAGCUUCAAUCAUCAGAUUGACCACCAGCUACCUCAAGAUGAGAGCUGUCUUUCCCGAGGGUCUGGGAGACGCCUGGGGACAGUCUAGUCGCGUAAGUCCUUUGGACAAUAUGGCUAGAGAAUUGGGAUCCCACUUACUUCAGACUCUAGACGGAUUUGUUUUUGUAAUCGCGUCCGACGGUAAAAUCAUGUACAUUUCGGAAACUGCGUCCGUACAUUUGGGCUUGUCCCAGGUGGAGCUAACAGGAAACAGCAUUUAUGAAUAUAUUCAUCCUUCUGAUCACGAUGAGAUGACAGCUGUCCUCACAGCUCACCAGCCUCUCCAUCCUCAUCUACUGCAAGAAUAUGAAAUUGAGCGUUCCUUCUUUCUAAGGAUGAAAUGUGUUCUGGCCAAAAGAAAUGCAGGUUUGACUUGUGGUGGUUACAAGGUAAUCCACUGCAGUGGCUAUUUGAAAAUCCGCCAGUAUGUAUUUGACGUUACUCUCUAUGAUGGCUGCUACCAGAUUGUGGGACUGGUGGCAGUGGGACAUUCACUCCCACCCAGUGCUAUCACAGAAAUCAAACUUCACAGCAACAUGUUCAUGUUCAGAGCCAGUCUGGAUCUCAAACUAAUUUUCCUAGAUGCAAGGGUUGCGGAGUUAACUGGAUAUGAACCUCAGGACCUGAUAGAGAGGACGUUGUACCAUCACGUGCAUGGGUGUGAUGUUUUCCAUUUAAGAUAUGCACAUCACCUCUUGUUGGUCAAGGGACAAGUCACAACGAAGUAUUACAGGCUGCUGUCGAAGCAUGGAGGCUGGGUGUGGGUUCAGAGCUACGCUACCAUUGUUCAUAACAGUCGUUCAUCCAGACCCCAUUGCAUUGUGAGCGUCAAUUAUGUCCUUACGGACGUUGAAUACAAAGAACUACAAUUGUCACUGGACCAGACUACAGCUACCAAGUCCUCAUUCCCAUAUAAGAUGCUGCUGCCUACCUCACAUGAAAGCCAAAAACAACUGAAGCCUAAAAUUGCCAAGUUGAAAUCUAAGCUCAAGGCAUCUCCUUAUCCGCAGCAAUAUAAUUCAUUUCACACUGAGAAAGCUGAUUGUGACCACACCAGUAGUUGGGGAGGAAGCCGUAUGCUGAACAUUGUAUCACCCCAGGAAGGCACUUCUCACCAGGAGAACAAUGAACUGCUUUAUGCCUCGUCACAUGGACACCCUUUCACCUAUACCUAUGGACACUUCCCAUUGGACCCUCAAGUGCUUGCCAGCAAAAAACAGAUGACGCCUAGUCAGAUAGCUCAGAGUCAAAGGUCAACUUGUGAAACAGCAAGGUUCUAUGUGGGUGCAUUUCAGGCAACUAGUGACAGCUGCUGGCAUCUGACAAGCUCAUCAUCAGCUCACAGUCAGUCUCCCUCAAAGAAUCUGCAGGAUCACCCUAUCAGUGAAUCCCAGUACAGCUCUGUACAGAAUUAUCAGUGUGCUUUGCCUAAUAGACGGCAUUGUGAAGGAGGAACAUCUGCCACCUUCUCAAAUUGUGCAUCAUCAAGACCAAACAAUAAAUAUAAGGAAGAACCUUACAUUAAUCCGAUAAAGCAAAACAAAAUCGAAGUACUUCAGGCCACACAGCAUGUUGUCAAGGAAGAGUGUAAGGUACUGUUCAAACAUAAUUCUCAGGAGAAAUUAUGCAAUGAUGGGAAGUGUUUUUCACCCUGUUUGAAUAAUUCUUUGUUAGCUAAAUCAGACUGUGAUGCAGCCAAGUCAAUGGCAAGGGUAAGCCAACAGCUUUUACCAAUCCAAACACCAUAUGAACAAACUAGGAGGAUUUGUAUGAAAGAGCUCCAGUACGAACAUGGAAAUCAUCACAAAGCCAGCCCAGACAGCAUGAAUAAUGUUCGGGGCACUACAAAACUGAAUGAAGGGAGGGUACAUGAACAGCAGGACCCAUUGUGCAUGGGGACAUCAGGACAAACCCAGCUUGGAUCCUUAAGUUACGGCCAGUUCUUCGCAAAGCACACCUUCCAAAGAUCACCUUGUGCAGUUACCGGCUACAUCAUGGAACAUCGGGGAUGUGCUGCUGAUGAUAAGAAUUCUUUUGGCUACAGAAACCCAAGUCCAGCAUUGAACUCUUUGCCAGAAAUGCACCAAGAACCCGUCCUUCCUCAUUAUAUAGGAACAUCUGUCAUAAUAACAAAUGGGAGGUGACAUGGGAUUUAUUCGUGUAGAUACAGAGUGCAUUCGUUACAAUGUAACUAAGCAAGAACUUUUGUUGCAUUUCAGGUACAACAGUACUCCAGGUUUGCAGCUAUACUGGAAAAUCAUGUAUAACAUAUUCUGAAGCUCAAAAAUCAUGUCUUGAGUUGCUGAUGUAUUUCUGGAGUUUAAAGUCUGAGGUUUCAUCAUCAUCUCAAGAAGUCAAAAACACAAAUCAUUAUCACUUGUGCAAUAUCUGCAAUGUGUGCACAUGGAACCAUUCACAGAAUGUUGCAUUACUUCUUACUUGCAUUAUUAACAAUAUACUUUCCCCACUAAAACCUAUUAUGUUAUUGACUUAUAUAU